AAUGUUUAUUUUUCUAGUUUCCAAAACUACUAAGCAAUUUACGUCGACAAUAUUUUUGGGUAAUUUAUCUUACAUUUUAUUGGGGUUGUGAGAUGUUUAAUCAAUUGAUUGCUACUGUAAAUUUACUUAUUGUUUCUUGAAUUUGAGCACUAACCAAAUGCGAAGGAAAAAUUCUGUAGACUUUUUGAUCUCAAGAUGCAAUUGAGCUCGGUAAAGCCUUCUUGCAAUAUUUGUGAGAUUGGUAGUGUGAUUCUUGAAGAUUGAAGAACUUCAAAGAGUGGACGCAUUUUAAUAAUGGACUCACAUUCUGGAGCUAUUACAGUGGACAGUUUUGCCGAAAGGGAAUAUAUUGCAUCAGAAGAAAAUUCUGUUCAAGAACCAUGUAUAGGUAUGGAAUUUGACUCUGAAGAUGCAGCCAAGGAAUUUUAUGAUGAGUAUGCUAGGCGUUUGGGGUUUAUAAUGCGUAUUGAUCAGUGCCGGCGUUCGGAGGUGGAUAAGAGAAUUCUUUCCCGAAGAUUAUCUUGUAAUAAGCAAGGUUACAAUGCCAAACUGAGACAACAAUAUGGACCGGUUAAAAAGCCACGCGGCAGCUCACGAGAGGGUUGCAAGGCAAUGAUGUUGGUAAAGGUUGACAAGGCUGGCAAGUGGGUUGUUUCAAGAUUUGUAAAGGAACAUACUCAUCCACUUGUUGUUUCUGGUCGUCCAUCUCGUAAUCAAAUGGAUCACAAGGACAGGAGAAUACAAGUAUUAACAUUGGAGUUGGAACAUCAGGAUAAGUUAUGUGCUCUUUACCGAGAGCAGCUAAUUACACUAUUGAAAAAUGUUGAGGAGCAAACAGAACUUCUCUCGUCAAAAAUCCAAGAAGUUGUUGGCAAUGUAAGAGAAUUUGAAACUGAAGUACAAAAGUCAUAAAACUGUUUAUAGCCCAUGUAAAGUUUCGGCAUGUACAAAAAUUAUAUGUGGUAAUGCCAUUUCAUUUUAGGUCAUAAUUUUCAUUAUGCAACCCAUUAAUUUUUUUAAAGAUUAAAAUAUUGCCAAUGAAUCUUUGUAGGCAUUGUUAUUCUCCAGAAUUCUUGUGUGUUAGACCUUUUUGCCCCCUGUGAAGUGCACUGGCUGUUGUAUUAGGCAAUUAAGUUCUGCUAGAUGAGAUGUACCAGGCAUGAAGCAGCAGAAGUUAUAGAGGUGAACUUUUUGUUGUAAAGUUGGCGAAAUUUACAAUGGUAGACAGUUCAUUUGUUCUUGAUAACAAUUGAUUCACAAAAAUUAUCUUUAGGAUUUUAAUUAUUUUAUGUAAAUGAUCCAGUGGAAAAAGAAUUUUUAAUGCAUUCAAAUUCCAUACAUUUUCCCUCCUGUAUAAAUGACAGACUGGAAAUAGGGUUGAAAUAUUCCAGAUGAGAUCAUGUUACUUUCUAAUUUAAUUGCUGUGAGCCUGUGAAUAUUCUCUCAAGUCAUUUCUUUCCCAUUGAUGGAAUUUUUGUUGCAUCA